AUGUGGCCAACUUUGGAAGCGUGGGCGUAUGGACUAACAGAACCGCUACAACAAACACGUGUCUUCAGACUUCCGCACUCUGCGCGAUGGAUUCAUGUUCCUACACUAUCACACAUACAGAAAACUUGUGAAGCUGGGCUAUACAGUAUCGUAGCAGAUUUUAUGCACUCGUUGCAUUCUAAGUCACUAGAAGACUGUGCGUUCCACCUGGCUGGAGCGUGGAAUCGCACAAGGGAUGUGUUCGCUUUAGAGAGACGUUCCGUUCGAUAUAUUCUGAAGGAAAGUUACCUAGGUGUUGUGUUUUUGUCCCAUUCAUUGCUGCCGCAAGUGAGGGCUCUUCGAAGACAACCGAUUCCGAAAAGGUGCAGACUAUCUUACCUAGUUCCGUAUGAGCUACCUCCGAGGAGAGUCGGGAUCCUCGUAGCCGUAGACCAUCGCCCGUUGACUUUACUCAUCGAUGCUUUCCCAAAACUCAAUUAUGGAGUGCGCGCAACUCUCAGACGCCUUCAAGAGAUUUCUUCUCAAAUUUAA